UGCGCCGAAGAAGAGUGAACUACUUGACCGCAGUGUGGCAAGCCGUUUGAGUCUUAGUUCGAUUGUACUACUCAAUAAGUCUCUGUUACUUUGGAAGCAAAACUUCAUUAAUUGAUGACCGUGUGCUCCGUAAAAAUGCGACUGUUUCACCUCUAAAAUGCCUCGAUAGUGACGUACUUGUACUACCAAUGCACCCAAGUUCAGUCAUUCAUCAUCCGUACUAGGGUCGUGGGUGUGCUGCUGGAAGAGAGUGGUGCAUAAUAGCUAACUGCCGCUUCACCAUGUUUGCGUUGGACUCUGCGCACCAGUAUUUGACCUGAGUCAGUCCAUCGCAGAGCUCUACUGGAGAGUCCUGUCAUGUGGAGAUGAUGGGCAUGCUGUCACAUGUCCGAGGGACAUUGGCAUUCUUCAGAGGCUCCUUCAGGUCGGGGAAUUGUGACUCCGUCGCUCGGGUGACUCGCACCUGCAGCACUCUGUUGACUGACACCAGCGAAGGUGGUCUUGUCCUGUAUUCGCAAUCCAACGACGUAUACGAGAACCUUUCCUUGGAGGACUGGAUCGAGGCCAACGUGGACCUGCAGAGACUGAAUGUUCUGCUGCUGUGGCGCAACACACCGGCUGUGGUCAUCGGGCGACACCAGAAUCCUUGGAAGGAGUGCAACCUGUCGCUCGUGAGGCGUUCUGGGAUAUCUUUAGCCCGCAGGCGAAGUGGUGGAGGCACGGUCUUUCAUGACCUCGGGAACUUGAACCUGACCUUCUUUGCUUCAAAGAAGGCGUACGACCGCCAGAGGAACUUGAAGGUCAUCACCGAGGCCCUGAGGCGUCUUCGGCCCGGACUGGACGUUAAGGCAAACGAAAGGUUCGACAUCUUCCUCAAGGGGUGCUUCAAAAUUACAGGAAGUGCGUCGAGAAUCAGCCGGAAGUCAUCCUACCAUCACUGCACCCUCCUGCACUCGGCUGACCACUCCACCCUCUCACCCGUCUUGCGCUCCUCCUGCCAGGGUGUCAACAGCAAUGCCACGCCCAGUGUGCCAUCUCCUGUGGCCAACCUGGUGGACCAUGACCCCACACUGACGUGGGAGGCGCUACUGGAUGCGUUGGCAAAUCAAUACUGCGCAGAGUUUGGCGGCCGCGCUACAAUGAACGUAGUGAACCCCGCUGACGAGUCCGCUUUUCCUGGUCUCAGCAGGACGUUAUCAGAGCUGCGAGAAUGGGACUGGAUCUUUGGAAAGACGCCUAAAUUCAGCAUCCAAACGGCGCUGAAGGUUACCGAUGAUUAUUUAUCAGCGGGUCCCCCGGUUGGGCUGUGCUCGGAAAUCAAGCACGGUUUGAUUGAGAGUUGUAGCUUGGACGUUCCCACCAGCUGGCUUCCCCGUAGCCUAAUCCGAGAGCUGAGCAGCGUCCUAGUGGGACAGCGAUUUUGUCCACAUCACGCCGCUGCAGUCUUUUCUAUGCUGUUACGUUGUGAGACUGGUGAGAAGCAAAACAGACUGCAGAGACUCUGUGACGCCAUAUUGGCUGUCAUGGGCUAAAAUAAACUGGGGUAACUGUUGUUAAUGCAGAUGUUUACGCCUUUGAGGUAUAACAUUUUGUCAGUGUAGCACGCCUGAUGUAAGAUGUUCAAACCAGUGAAAACCUAAUAUUGUGAACACCCACUACUAACAGGGGUUUGAGACCGGGCCUGGCUGCAAGUCGUGAAAGUGAUUUUUUGGUUUUUUUUUUAACAAAAAAAAAAAAACUUGAACAAGCAGGGAUAUACCACCAAUAAAUGUCUUCCAUGAAAACAGGAAUUGGAACGACCUUAUGGGUAAUGUAGUAUCACAACAUUUACCAACAGUGACCAGCCGCUCUGUUAUUAAUUAUAAGAAUUAUAUAUGUAAGAAGCACAGAUCUUCAGUCUAUCCUGAAAAUGUAAGAUGCGUAGUACCAUGUGCCAUCUCUGUCAAAAUGGCACAGGAGUUUUGAAUUCAAUUUACUAAAAAGCACUGUUCCAAAACAAAAAUGCGAGGAAUUUUAAGCAUGUCAUUAUUUUGAAUUUAAAUUUUGUCCAUAGCAAAAAUAUUUCAACUUCUACGCAUUGUUUUUUUUUGUCUCAUCUGGUUUAAUUCACAUUUGUUUAAAAAAAAAAAAGUUUCUGUUCAAUAAAUGUUUAUCCUUUUUUGG